UAGCUUGUAACGGGUGGACAGGUGGGAUAAAAAUUACCUGAACAUUUCCUCUCAACAAACCCGCCAAAAUCACACCAAAACCGGCGGCAUGAGGGAAAUCACUGGCCGGGCAGCAGCCCGCUACAGCCGCCUGAACCAGGAGUCGGACUCCAGCGAGGGAGAGCUCGAAGAAGUCAUCCUUUUCGUCGACAACAGCUACAAGGGCGAGCGGGCGGUUGGGCCGGGGAGACCGUCACGGUGUAGCGUGUGUUGCCACCUGUGUGCUUCGGUCGUACUCUUCCUGAUCGCCGCCGGAUUCGGGCUGCCUGCCUGGAAGGCUUACAAGGGCCCGCUCCGAGACGGGCACGAAACAUACAAGGGUUAUUCCGUGUACCAGCAUGCAGCGGUGGCGACCGACUCAGCGGAGUGUUCCCAGAUCGGUGCGGACACGUUAGAGCGCGGAGGGAGUGCCGUGGACGCUGCCAUCGCUGCCCUGUACUGUCUCGGGAUCAAACAUCCGCACAGCGCGGGGAUAGGGGGAGGGGCGUUCUUCGUCAUCUAUGACAGGGCACGUGGAACAGCAGAAGUUAUCGAUGCUCGAGAGAUGGCGCCCGCGGCAGCCACAAGGGACAUGUUCGGGACUAACAGAACACUGACGGAAAUUGGUGGUCUGGCAAUUGCCGUUCCUGGUGCGGUCAAAGGUCACAUGAAGGCUUACGAGCGCUACGGGAAACUGCCAUGGGGCGACCUCUUACAGCCCGGAAUCGAUCUCGCACGGACGGGAACUACUGUAGACAAGGCACUCGCACACGCGCUCAAGGCCAGUGAAGACAAAGUCAAGUCAUCCGGUCUUUGUGACGUUUUUUGUGACCCGCAAGGCAACGUACUAACGGAGGGGAAAAAGUACAAAAUGUCCGACUUGUCAAGAACGUUAGACAGCAUGGCCAAGCACGGCGGAGAUGUGUUCUAUUCCGGAAACAUCGCGAGAAACCUCGUCGCAAAUAUCCAAAGCCGAGGCGGUAUUAUAACCGGAGACGAUCUAGCCAACUACAAAGUGAACCUAACGCGGCCGGAGUAUGCGGAACUAAAGUCGUCAGGCUUGAGAAUGAUCACCACAGACCCACCGGGGGGCGGCGCAGUGUUUCAAUUCAUUCUUAAGUUAUUAGAAGAAUUUGACUUGAACCCAAGAAGUCUUGACGAAGAAGAUCUUCCAGAAACGGUUCACAAGCUCGCGGAAGCGUUCAAAUUUGCCGCCGCGGAAAGGACGCAUUUAGGUGACGCUAAAUUUGAGGAUGUAUCCGACGAGGUAAAAAAGCUGACCUCGGAUUCGUACGCUGAAAGGAUUGCAACAAAAAUUAACGAGUACAAACACCACACGAGUGACGACGAUGAAGGGUAUUAUGGAGCACGGUUUUACAAUGCGGAGGAUCAUGGAACGACGCAUGUAUCCGUUCUUGCGGCAAACGGCGAUGCCGUUGCGGUCACAAGCACGAUCAAUCAUUACUUCGGGUCGGGCGUUUAUUCGCCGGUUACUGGAGUUAUCCUCAACAAUGAGAUGGCGGAUUUCUCCAGCCCGGGUUUUCCCAGAGAUGACAAACACUUUCCACCAUUUUCAAAAAAUUUCAUCAGCCAAGGAAAGCGUCCACUGUCGUCCACCUGCCCCACCAUCAUGAUAGACAGGGACCAGGAUGUACAGGUGGUGAUGGGGGGGUCAGGAGGGAUGAUGAUACCCACUGCAGUAGCUCAGGUUUUUGCUAACAUGGAGUGGUUUGGUAUGGACCUGGGGGCGGCGGUGGGUAGAGCGAGAAUCCACCACCAACUGGAGCCCAACGUUCUGUACAUGGAGCGCAAACUGUGGGACAACCACGAACUGGUGCACCAUCUCUCGCACUGGCACUACCACCCUUCGCCCACGAUCUACGACGAGGGGAGUUACGCCGCGGUGCAGGUUAUACGUAGGGAAGGGAAGGAGAUACAGGCAUGUAGUGAUCCCCGUAAAGGGGGAAAACCUGCCGGCUACUGAGGGGGUCAUUUUAUGUUAUGUCAUACAUGGGACAUGAUAACGUUUCAGGUACAAGUGUUCUAGAUCAGUUAGUAUUUCACUGUAUUAUACAGGCUUUUACAAUGCAUUAUCAUAUAGCCAGGCGCCGCGGACCAAUCAGAAGGCCCCGUUCCACGUUUGUUAUGACGCCGUAACACAAAGAUUCCCGCCAGCCCAGCGUGUAUCGCCCUUCUGAUUGGUCAGAAUGAAUCGACACCGGUGAUUCAUUCUGACCAAUCAGAAGGAGCGAUACACACUGGAUAUGAAGGCAUUGGCCAAUUAAAAUGAGCGAAACAUAUGCCAGAGCAGAGGGAAUAAGUACAGACUGCAAGAAGGGGGGAAUGACUCCUUCUGUUAACAUUGAUGUUCUAAAGAGCCAAAGACUACAAUGUUACCAAUAUUUUCUGAGGAAAUUUUGGUUUCAAAAUGCAAUCUGUAAUCUCCUUACAAAUGUAUGUACCAAAGAACAUAUGUGAAUUUUCAGAAA